CAUGCAUUGUGCAUCGAACAGGAAAUACGUCUUUCCGAAGAGGACAUAGCUGACAAGCACCUCAAGCUCGCAAACAUGUCUGAGACGAUUGCUGAGAAAAUCAAGAACUACAAGACGGCGCCCUUCGACGCCCGCUUCCCUAACACCAACCAGACCCGCAACUGCUUCCAGAACUACUUGGACUUCCACAGGUGCAACAAGGCCCUGUCAUCCAAAGGUCAAGAUGUGACACCCUGCCAGUGGUACCAGAAGGUUUACGAUAGUCUUUGUCCCAUGAGCUGGGUUGAGGAAUGGGACGAGCAGAUUGAAAAUGGGAGUUUCCCUGGAAAGAUCUAAAAUGUGACCCCUGAUCCCUGUCUAAAUAUUUGCAGGCCGUUUUUGUGACAGCUUCCGCUGUGGUGCUGUGUAGAACAUCUUUAAUAUCAUCGCCAUCAUCUUCUACGGUGUUGACUUAAGGUGCAAAUGCACAACCAUUUAACCUGCGUGUCAAGUCCAAUAUGUGUAGUUACCCCCUCUUUGGCAUUGUUUAUUCAAUAAAUAAAUGCAGUGCACAUUUAAUUUA